UGUUCUCCUUGGCAGUACAGAUAAGGACUAAAUAUCUGACCCUGCUUAUUCUUUGAGUUCUGUAACUUAACAUUUGGUCUGUCUUGAAACUGUCUGCACCUGUCCUUUGCUUUCACGUGCAAGUAGAAAGCAAAACCUGGUGUCUGUACUGUUUGUAUGUGGUAGGCACAGUACAGCCAGUGCUCUGGGCUCUUAAAGCAGGUUUCUUUCAUUUCACACAGCCCACAGAGGCAUUACUGGGUUACAGAAAGGUGUUUCAGACUUGCAGAUGCCUUUUGCAAACUACUAGACAUGUUGGUGUCCUCCUUAGCAGUAAGUUUUGCAUUCCUGUCUGGAUGCCAGGGGUGCUUCUAGAGCUGAGCUUCCUCUGGUUUACAGUAAGAUACCUAAUUAGCUCACAUGAACUGCAGGUAUCUUCUUGGAGUAAGUGAAGAGAAAUAUGUGUCAAGAGAGGGAUUUGAGCAAUUUAUGAAGUCUGUCUCUAAACAAAGCAUUGAGUUUCAUGAAAGAGGAAAGAAUCAUAAAGAAAAUGUGGCAAAGAGAAUUAGUGAGAUUAAGAAGAAAAGCUUGGAAAAGGCAAAAGAAGAAGAAAAUAUGUCAAAAGAAUUUGCAGCAAUGGAGGAGGCUGCAAUGAAAGCAUAUCAAGAGGAUAUGAAAAGGCUUGGAAUUAAGCCAGAAGAUGUAGGUUCCAGUUCAACACAGAGUAAAAUACAGAGUAACACAGUGGAAACUAAAGGAAAGAAAGAAAAGAAAGAGAAGAAGGAAAAGAAAGAAAAGAAAAAAAAGACACCUCAGGAUGCCUCAAUGCCACCAAAGAUUGAAACGAAGGAGUGGGUGCAAGGGUUAUCUCCUGAAGGCUAUACAUACUACUACAACACAAAAACUGGAGAAUCACAGUGGGAGAAACCUAAAGGAUUCCAAGGCAACUCUCAAAAUUCACCAACGGGAGCAGAGUGGGUGGAAGGUGUCACUGAAGAUGGUCAUACCUAUUACUAUAACACACAAACUGGAGUAUCCACAUGGGAGAAACCAGAUGGUUUUGUUUCAUCUUCAAAUGAGAAGGGUCAGCGUGACAAGCCUGAAGAAACAGCAUCUGAAUCAGACUCAGAAGAUAGUGAGAAUGAAGUAGAGAGUUCAGAAACAAACUUCAAGAGGAAAGGAGAUAAUGGUGAAGAAUCAGAGGAAGGGAAAAAAUCUCCUAAAGCUAAAAAGUUAAGCCCUUAUGGGAAAUGGCGAGAAGUUAAGUCAGAAGAAACCGUGGAUAAAGAGGAGAGUACAUCAGCUUCCCAAGAAACCUCUAGUGAUGGAUCUAACAAGACCAACCCUUAUGGAAAAUGGAAAGCACUUAAGGAAGUAGGGGAAGAACAAGAAGAAGAAGGAGGUGAAAAAGUGGACCUGGAGCUUCCAAGUACAGAGAGUGACAAUGUAGCACCCCCAGUGCUAGAGGAUCCAGAAGAGGACACAGUCGUAUUUAAAGAGAAGACAGUCACCUCCCUUGGAGACCUGACAGAAGGGGUGCCAACGUUUAAGAAGAGAAAAUUUGAAAAUGGAAAAUCUAGAAACUUAAGACAAAGAAUGAGUGAUCAGUAAUACUUAACAAAUUAUUUUAGAUUCUGCUUAAGCUAGAGUGAAUCAAAAGUUUAAUAUUUUAAAUGGGCUUUUAUAAAGAAAAUGUUGGAUAGAAGUUAAGGAUUUAUAGGUAUUAAAACAUAUGUGAGUUUAAUAUUUUUUUAUUUUAUUUUGGUGUGAUUGGUUUUGGAGUGGAAGUUUGUAAUAUUGUAAAUACCCGUAUUCUUUAUUUUAACCAUGCCAUCCAAGUUCUAUUUGCUCUGUGUAUGCUGUUUUAAAUACAUUUCAAAAGGUUUUUUACUCCUUUUCUAAGUAUGUGAGAAUGUAGUAAUCCUUAAUCUGACAAAAAUGAAGCAGACCUUUUAUUUUCGUAGAGGAACUGGAUCAAUAGAAUAUACUAGAGAGUAAAAUCAUCCCCCAAGAUUGUUUAUGUGGUGUAGUUUCUCCACUAAUGAGUAAAAUAUUGUGCUUACUAACCUUCGUCUGAUUGCUCGCAAAAGAGUGGGUGGUGAGACUGCCAACAUUUCAAACUGAUCAUUUGGAAGCUGUUUUUAGAAGAGUUAGUCACAUCAGUGCCACCAAUUCCAAAUGAUGUUCUGAAAAAUUAUUUGUGUAUGUGCAUGGUAAAUGUAUUAAACCUCUGCAGAAGAUUUAACCCUGAUGAAUCCUAACUUGUAGUAACAGCACCAGAGCCACCGCUGUUUGAGUAGGUAUUUCUGUGAUGUCUCCCUGUCUCCUGCUUUAUUGUUGUCUACUUUUACUUAUCAAGUUUUCUUUUUUAGUCUUGCUUUCUUUUUGUGUCUUUCCUAGCAAAAAAACACUUGCCUGAUACUUUAAUGAAAAAAAUACUCUAGAGACGUGGCCCUGGUACAGAAUACAGGACCAUUUUUGAGGUGAUUGUGUUUUCUCUGUUGAUAAGAGGUGUGUGUUUUAUAGUUGCAGUGCUUGAUAAGCUGAGAGGGCCUAAGUGUGUUGAAGGUUUGUCAUUCUCAGUACCAUAGGGAAAGAAACCAGAAGAUCAGCAGAGCUGAUGGCUGUAGAGUCCAAGAUGACUUGGACACUUAAGGAUUGUUAAUAUGAUUACUUUAACUGGUGGGAUUGAUCUGCAUUUAGCAUCACCAGGAUUUGUUUUCUGUGUCAGAAUAUAGCUGCACUCAUUGCUUCUCUAGCCAUCAAACAGUGAACCGUAAAGGUCCAGAUAAUUAAUCUGUUAAAAACUAUGUCUCUAUUCUUAAAGCUCAGGGUGUUUUGUUCAGGAGAGUCUCAGUUGAAAAAAAAAAUAAAAAGGAAUACAGCUAAGGCAGUUGUCAAUAGUCCAGCAAAAUAGAGUUGGUAACUGCUGAGCUUGAAUUUCUUUGAGAAAACAACUAUUAAUCUGUUGGCUCAAUUGAGAAAGGAGUUUAAAACAGGUAAUCUGGUUUAUUGUGUACUAGAAGUAGUAGAAGUUCUUUUCUAUUCUGUGACUUUUAUUGUAUGUUUAGAAGAGAAUUAAUUAUUGUAUUUAAUUCCAUGUGUUUUCUUGGCUUCCUUAGGGUUGGCGUAUUUUGUAUGAUGUUUGUUCUGAUAAAUUUGGAAGUUUACUGUAAUAUCUGACCCUGGAUUAUCAUUUAGAGAUGCAGGACACAUGCAAGAUGCUUCAAAGUCUGAGAUGCAGGAAUGUACAACAUGUACUCCAACAUGUACAGGAGAGGGUUUCUUAAUCAGAUUUUUUAGGGUUUGUUCUUACUUGAACAUUACUCUGGGAGCCUGCUCUAGUUUCCUUGUGUUUGUGGCCAGCUUGCUCUUCCAAUUUAUACAAGUCCUGCCCUUGAGUUAAGUAGCUUUCCUUCAUCUUGAAUCCAUCACAUCUCUCUUUGAAAUCACAAACAGCGUCCUUGUGUGACAGGAUCUUCAGUGUCCCAUCAGUGCUUCUCUUCAUGCAUUCCAGCCUGAGUGUGCCUGGACUACUACACUUGCCUAGAUGGAUUUCCUUGGACUAGUUCACCUCAAUUAAGGCCACGCAUAAGGUCACCAAUACUUCUUUAGUAUAUUGGAAUUAACUCUUGAUACAUCCCUAAACCUCAUUUGCUUUUUACAUGACCCCACAUGCUGUCUGCCACCCUUACCAGUGACUUACCACUACAUCUGAUUCUCUCUGCUCCUUUGCUUUUGCCAGCUGCUGAGUUACCAGCUGGUCAUGCUUUCCUUUCAAGCACAAUUCUUUUUUUUCUCAGACUUUUUUUUGUACUGCUGUACUCAUUCUCCUUCUGUUACUGAAAGCCUAAUGUAUAUGCAUUUAAUUAUGAUUUCUGAAAAGUUGUUUUUGUUUGUUAGUACAGUUUUAUUGAAUAGUAUAGUAUAGGGUUUUCUUCUAUGCUCCACUUUUAAUAUCCUCUGAGGAAGAUAGCUUUCCUUUUUUACUGACAUUCCCAAAAUACUAGCAUCCUUUCUUUAAAAUGUUUUGUUACUUUGAAGUGGUCACAGGCAGCAAUUUAAGAUACCUGUAACUAAAUCUCUUGAGCAGAUGUUUAAAGACAUCUGAAUAUGAGUGUUCAGAACUUGUUUCUUUGUGGAGCUGCUGUUAGUUGCAAUAUGAACCAAAGGUCUUUGUAUUGUGUUAAAUAGGCAAACCAGAACAUUAGGAAAGAAGAUUAAAAGUUUUCUUUGCUCGUAGCUAAUAAAGUCAGUUUAAAUACCAUACAUGUGGUUUUAGCUGAUGUGACUUCUAAAGCCUGCAUUUCACAAAGAAAUACAGCACUUUGCUCUCUACUAUGUCUUAACGUCAGAGACCCGUUUAUUCUUUGCUCUCAUGUGUAAGUUAUAAAAAGGGCCAGUUGAAUGAAUUUUAAUAUAUCCUAAACAAUUGUUUAAUUUUUCACCAUGCUGUCAUUCAAUUUCCUUACCUGAUCCUGUGUAUCUAAAACAUUUUCUGCUCUACACAAAAAUGCUGUCUUGUGUGAGAUUUAAGGCAGACGUUGCUUUUCCAAGACAUCUGUUUUGCACAGAUCUUCCUCCCUUCUGUCCUAUCUCCCUGCAAACUCUUCUGCUUUUGGAAUUUGCUGUAGGAACCCUCUAGGUAUUGCUAGUUACACUCCUCAUUUGCUAACCCUUCUUUGGGCUGCACUGGCUUUUGACAGAGGAAUGUUCCUUUUACUGUUUCAGCCAAGCGCUCCCUUUUCUGGCUGAUCUAUUUUCUAUCAGAGUGGUUUUAUCUGUUUGCCUGUUUUUAUUGCAAGCUCCUUGAUUGAGGACUGCACCCUUUGUUUUAUAUGAUGUCAUAGACAUUAUGAGCAUUAUGGGGAGAGCCAGAGAGCAGAGGGGAGUCAAAUUGCAAUUUCUGAUGGUGAUUUCUUCUGUGUGGUUUCGAGCCAGUCAGUUCCCUGCUCUGUAUUUUUCUUUCCUUGCCUCAUGUUUCCACCAACCUUGUCUGCUUAGAAAGGCAGCUUCACAGCAUAAGACCUUGUGUAUAUUUUUACAGCAGGGCCUGCCUAAAGUUGGUGAUGGUUUUAGAAGCAAAUGUAUCGCAUAUACAGAAAAAAGAAAAAUUUUGUUGUUGGGCAUUUGCUAUGCCAGGAGUUGUGCAGAGACUGCUCAAUUUUACCCAUGAUAUAGAAUAAUCCUUGUUCCUAUUUAGGCUAAAAUACAUUUUAAUGUUUCACCUGGGGAUUUGUAGGUUGAAAUCCACACUUUCCUAAUAGGGUAAAGUUUUAUUUGACCCUCAUAGAUAAAAUCUGGGCCUGCAGCAUCAUCCAGUUCUAAUAUUCAGUUUUAGAAGUGGGAGGGCUGGUCAUGACAUGGAUCUGCGUUAAAUUCACUAACCUGGGCAUAUAUAAAAACAUUCCUCCUUUUUCAUUUUUCUUCCCUGAAAGAAAUUUUAUUUCAGUGCAAAUUUUGGCAUCUCAGAAAGGGAGUAAAAAACAAUUUCAUGCUG